CACUUAAAUCUCCACAUUAAUUCUUACUAAUUUUGAGUAAUUUAACUUAAUAUAGCAAAUGGCUUCAAAAGCUUUUCACUAUCAAGGCAAUCACAAAUUCUGCAAAACACAAAAGGGUUAUAUAGUUUAUCCGAAAGCACUUGAUAUUAUUUGGGGAAAUGAUAAACGCUUCUGGAAGUUACCCAAAUAUGAAAAAGAUGGUGCAGAACUUAUACAGAUAAAUUGGUUGGAGGUAACUGGUUGCAUCGACGAUAUUAAUAUAGCGAAGAAAACAUUAUACAACAUUGAAUUUACAAUGUCAUUGAUGGUUGAUGCAUUCGGUUGGAACGACUCACCAAUAUAUCUUAUGGCUAAAUGGGGAGAUAAUACUCAAAGAAAGGUGAAUUUGGCAACUAAGGCUAAUGACAAAAAGAUGAUAUCAAAAGCUAUUACGAUAACAAAAGGGAAGGGGAACAAUGUUAAUAAGAUUUAUUUUGGAUUGUAUGAAGUUUGGAACAAAAAGUGGAAAGGAGGUCUGAAAAUACAUUCAGUAAACUUAAUAGAAAUCUAGAAAUUGGAUAAAUCGAGUGUUGUCAUUCCGUAUAUCAGAAUUUAAAAUAGAAUAAGCUCAAAUAAAAAGUUUUAUUAUUGUUCACGUAUUUCGGAGUGUGUUUUUUCUUAAAUAAAAUUUGUAAUGGUAUUUAUAUUUGUAUUGCUCACAUCAUGAAUGAAACUAUGAAUAUUCCCAA